UGACUUUUGAUAGUGGGGAAUCAGCAGCACCUCUGUUAUUCCCUUUCGGUGAAGUCGGUUGAUUAUGAUUUGAGCGUAAAAUAUUUUAAUUUUGUCUUUAAAACUUCCGCGCAAUGAACCGCUGGGCAGGAAGAACCGCUAUCGUUACCGGCGCCAGCUCAGGGAUCGGUGCCGCGAUCGCAAAGUUGCUUACUCAGCAUGGCUUGAAUGUUGUCGGUGUCGCCAGAAGAGAGGACAGGGUGCAGGAAUUGGCAGAGGAGUUAAAGAAGGAAGGGACCAAGGGAAAACUGCACACGAUCAAAGGAGACGUUUCCAAGGAGGAAGACAUAAAAAAUGUGGUCAAGUGGACGAGGGAAAAUUUAGGCGGCGCGGAUGUGCUGGUGAACAAUGCAGGGGUGGCGCCGACCGCCGUUUUGCACAGAUUCAGGACAGAGAAUAUCCGCAAGAUAUAUGAAACAAACGUCAUCGGCCUUGCCGUUUUUACGAGAGAGGUCGUGCAAGAUAUGCGAGCAAGGGGAGUAGACGAUGGGCAUGUUAUCCAUAUAAACAGCAUCUCCGGCCAUUCCAUUAUUCAAAUGCGAGGAAUUUACCCAUACAGCGGAAGCAAACACGCUGUCACAGUUUUAACCGAGGGUCUCAGAAGAGAGCUCGUCGAGCUCAAGAGCAAAAUACGAGUGACAAGCAUAAGUCCUGGGCUGGUGAGAACUGGAAUUAUGGUAGCUACUGGUGCACCGCCUGACGUGGCCGAGCAAAUGUACAACUCCGUUCCUUGCUUGGAAGCGAAAGAUGUUGCAGAUGCACUGAUCUACGCCUUGAGCACUCCGCCUCACGUUCAAGUGCACGAAAUAAUUAUUCAUCCCACGGGAGAAGAUUUGAAUUCAUCAUUGUAAGAAAAUUUGUUGAUGGAGAACAUUUUUGAAUAAAAUAUAUAUUUAAAUUCAUUACCUGAAA